CUGCUGAGCUCCUCUUCAUAGAUUCAGCAUUACGACAGACAAAUUUGGGAAGAAUAUAAUUCGUCGGUUAUUGAGAAGAGUUGAGAGGUCAUUUCGUCAACAGGAGCCAUUACUGUUUGAAAAUACUAAUCGAUCUGACGACUUACUGGCCGAGUAAGCGAAAGAAACCCAGCACAUAGCAAUGAAGCUCAUCUUGGUGUGUCUCGCGUUUUUGCUUUUCCAACAUGUCAGCGGGUGGCGUCGUAGACGACGACGUAGAUCACCUCCCCCCACGCCACCACGAAACUGUCAGGUAGGACCAUGGUCUGGGUGGAGUGCGUGUACUCAUCACUGUGGCAACGCAGGGACACAAAGACGAACAAGGGGGAAGACUGUGGCCGAAUGUUGCGGGGGGACGUGUACGGCUCAUUUUAGCGAGACGAGGGCGUGCAACCGAAACGCGUGUCGUAACGGAGGGAGACCCACUCAUGGCCAUUGCAUUUGUAACGCGGGGUGGACAGGCACUUGCUGUGAGAGGGACGUCAACGAAUGCCUGAGAAAACCAUGUCAGCACAAUUGCCACAACGUUCUUGGGAGUUACACGUGUAGCUGUUAUUCAUGUUACACUAAAGUUGGAACCAAAUGUGAGCUACGACAAUGCCGUAUUGGGAACGUGUGUUAUCCCUACGGUAGAAUAAACCCCGGAAAUAAGUGCCAGGAUUGUCAGAAAGGGAGAGAGACCGUCUGGACCAACAACAAUGCCUUGUCGUGCAGUGACGGCAACUUGUGUACAAGAAAUGAUCGCUGCGUGAACGGCGCGUGCAGAGGAACUGCAUUCACGUGCAGAUCAUGUGAAAGCUGCGAUGGAAAUGGAUGCAAGAUUAAGCCUGGUUACUGUGUGAUUGACGGGAGAUGUUAUAGAAACGGGAAUCUCAGGCCUGGAAAACCAUGUCAGCAAUGCAACAGUAACAACCCCACGAGAUGGACGGCGAACAACAAUCUCAAGUGCAGUGAUAACAACGUGAAAACAAGGAAUGAUCGCUGUGUGAAUGGAGAAUGUCGUGGGCAGCCUUACACGUGCCUGCCAUGCCAGGAUCAUCACAACGACGCGUGCAGACUCAAGUCUGGGUAUUGCAUCAUCAAGCAUAACAAUGUGGACACGUGUUAUCGCGCCAAUACAGCAAAACCUGGAAACCCAUGUCAGUGGUGUCAUCCAGGUACAACGACAUCAGCUUGGACGAACAGAAAUGGUAUUUCUUGUGAUGACGGACAGAAGUGCACGCGAUCCGACAAAUGUACAAAUGGUCAAUGUGGUGGAAUCAGCUUCAAAUGCAAUUCAUUGUGUCAAUAUUGCAAUGGAAAUGAUUGCAGUUUACACACAGGUUUUGGAUAUGUGGCGGGGAAGUGUACCUGUAAAAUAGCAGGUAAAGAUUACAACCAUCAACAACUUAAUCCGAGCAAUGAAUGUCAGUGGUGUGAUUUGUACCACAAAGCUUCCAAAGCUAGUUCUAUGUGGGCGAACAGACCCGCGCUCGCUUGCAAUGAUGGCAACGCUUGUACCAAGCAAGAUCUUUGUAACAACGGUCGAUGUGUGGGCAAGGCAUACAAUUGUAGAUCAUCAUACCCGCAGUCCAGUUGCAUACAUCGUUCCGAGUGUGUGGGCGACGGUACAUGUAGGGAUAUCAUGAGAAACAAGGGAACAAUAUGCCAGCCAGCUGUGGAUAAGUGUGACCAGCCUGAAAGGUGCAAUGGUGUGCUGGGAACAUGCUCUUCAAGAAUUGUUGAUAAGAUUACACUUUCUUCCGGCCAGAUUGUUCUAACUCUUCCAAACUUUGCAAAUGCCAUCGCCUAUCAGUCAACCACGGAUAAAUUGUACCUCAAACUGACUGGUUUCACGGUCACCUGUGGCGCUCUCAAUAUUAAAUGGUCUUUAUUGAAAAGCAAAGAUAGCUGUGCUCUUGGGAAGAACCCAGGCAGUCUGACAAACUCGAUCAACCACGUCCUGAGCGGGUUGACUCUGAGAAACAGCGAGAUAUAUAAGGUUGUCGUCCAGGCUUAUGAUAUGCGCGGACAAUCUGGGCUACCUGUGUGCAGCAACGCGCUUACCAUAGAUACCAGCAAACCAAGCGGAGGAUGGAUCCGCGAUGGCCUGGGAUCCAGCGACGUCCAAUUCCAGUCAAGUAAAAAGAUCAGUGCAAGUUGGGGAGGCUUCAAAACUACUCAUGGCAUAGCGAAAUACGAAGUGGCUGUGUACAGCAAAAACAAUCCCCUACAAACAUUCACCAACGUCAAUCUUGCGGCAUCCUUUACAAAAACCUUUUCAGCGAUAACAGAUGGUAGUAAAAUCGUCACAAAAGUUAGGGCAUUUACAAAAGCCGGGCUGUAUUCAGAAAUCUUCAGCAAUGGUGUGACCGUUGAUACAUCCAAUCCUACACCGGGAAAGGUGAUAGAUGGGAACUCGAAUGAUCUCAAGUAUGCGAGCUGGACUGCGACCUACAAUGCAAGCUGGACGUCGUUCACGGAUCCCCACGCACCUAUUGUUGAAUACAAAUUGGCUGUGAAACGAAAAAAUGCCGGGUUGGUUGGAUCCGGGUUUACCUCGGUGGGUUCGAAACGUGCCGGUAGCAUAUCGGGAUUAAGACUAACCUCUGGGAUCGAAUAUUGCGCCAUUGUUGAAGGUAUGAAUGCUGCCGGACUUAGCUCCCAGGCUACUUCCGAUUGUCUUCUCAUUGACCACGAUGCACCGCGACCUGGAACGGUCAACGAUGGAACCUCGGGGGAUAUCGACUACCAAUCGGGAGACAACGUAUUCCACGCGAACUGGAAUGGAUUUAGCGACGGACAAAAGGGAAGCGGAAUUGCGGAAUAUAGAUACAAGUUGACGGACAAAAAGACCAGCCAAGUUAUCACUCAGUGGGCAUCUUCCGGUCUUCAAACGAAAGCUACCAUCACUGGGUUAAACCUUGCAAAUGGCAACACGUAUUUUAUCACAGUACGGGCUGUUGAUAAAGUCGGCCAUUACACGGAGGCGAGUUCAGAUGGCAUCUUUAUCGAUACGACUCAUCCAGUUUAUACAGGUAGCAUUAGCGUUCAGGGCGAGACAGCUCAAAAGGGUGGAGAGACGUUGGUUUAUAUCAGAAGCAAAGAGUCAGUGACAGUCUCCUGGCCCCAGUUUUUGGACGAACAUAGCGGAAUGCUGAAGUAUCAGUGGUCAAUUGUCGAGAAAAAUAAAAAGCCUUCGUCGUGGAAAGAUGUCCCUGGAGUGAAUUUAGCUACAAAGGCAGUUUUAAGCUCGCUGUCGCUAACAAACAACAAAGAAUAUCAACUCACAAUACGUGGAAUUAACAACGCAGGACUUUACGCUGACAUAAAAUCACCCAUUAUCAUCCCUUUAAGUAUACCAACUAAUCUCGGCUCGGUCUCGGAUGGCGAGGACCCGACGACAGACAUCGACUACCAAACAAACACCUCCGAAGUUCACGCGACGUGGAAAGGUUUUGAAACGCCGAGCGUGAAGGUUCGAGCGUACUUUUACGCAGUCGGCAGCUGCAUAAAAGGAAACUAUCACGUCACCAAUAACCAGUUUACACCGGUUAGUCCAGCUACGACAACCUCGCUUGAAAUGCGAGAACUGAACUUGGUCAACGGUCAGAAAUAUUGCGUGAAAAUCAAAGCAGAGAAUCUGGCCGGAGUUCAAACAGAGGCUGUCUCCUCGGACGGAUUCGUCGUGGAUGUGACCCCCCCUGAUCUUUCACGGGCGAUGGUAUUAGACGGUAGUGGAGAUGAUGACAUCGAUUACCAAUCAAGCAGGGGGGAGUUGUCAGCAACGUGGAAAGGAAUCCGGGACGAUGACUCCGGGAUACAUCAUUUCGAAGUUGCUGUCAGUCGGAAUAGAGUUGGUGCGCCAGAUGUGACGUCAUUCAAUGACGUAGGCCGCAAUACGUCAGCUAAAAUAUCUGAGCUAACUUUGAAUGAUGAAGUGUAUUACAUUAUAGUUUGUGCUGUAAAUAACGCCGGAUUGAAGUCAUGUUUAGCGUCUGAUGGUGUCCUCAUUGAUCCAACUCCGUCGACGUCUGGUGUGGUGCAUGACGGGAUACUAGAACCGGAUGUGCGCUAUCAGUCGUCGACAAAGAAGAUGAGCGCAAACUGGGAACGAGUGUGGGAUUUGGAGAGCAGAGUAGCGCGAUUUGAAUGGGGGAUUGAGAAAGACGACAAUGGAGUUGUGCUAGAUUUUGUCAAUGUUGGUCUUCAAACUCAUGUAACAAGUCACAAGACGUUACCUCUAAAACAUGGACAUAACUACACAGUGGUGUUGCGUGUUUAUAACAGAGCUGGUGGUAUGCGAGAAUUGAAAUCAAAUGGUGUCACUAUUGAUACCACCCCUCCUGUACCAAGUCACAUUACGCUGGGAUCUGAGUGGCGCUUCAACAAGGAAACUGGUACUUACUAUACAUCCACUGCUUCAGGGAUAUACGUGACUUGGAAGGACUUCAAGGAACGCGAAAGUAAAGUAUGGUACUAUAAGUGGUCAAUAGGGACAACAAAAUGUGGCACCCAGCUUCAGCCGCUUAUCAAUAUUGGCUCAUCUACGCGCGCAAACACGACCGGAAGUGAGUUGAACUUUCGACCUGGGACGCCGUAUUACGUCACUGUCGUUGCGCGAAAUCGGGCUGACCUCGUGUCACGUGCUUGCUCAUCACCACUGCUUUUUGACUACACGCCACCUAUUGCUGGUCGCAUCCAGAUAACUUCGCGAGCUGGGGUUGAGAAAAGCUAUUUCAGUUCUACGGAAGAUCCUCCGCGUAUGGGCUGGUCCGGUUUUUAUGACUUGGAAAGUGAUAUAGAGAAAUAUAAGAUCUCCGUCGUAAAAUCAAAUGCAUCUCUGAAAAAUUAUGCUUUUAAUUCUAGCAACGCCCUUUACGAUGUUCCCCUCGGUAAUUUGUCUCCAGGAACAGGAUAUUCGGUAGUCCUCAAAGUCAUUAAUUAUGCGGGACUUGAAACCGCAGUUUAUUCAAAGCCGUUCGCGAUUGAUGACAGUCCGCCAUAUUACACUGGCCGCGCUCCAAGACAGGAAUUUCAAUCCGAUACCACGUCAGUUGAGAUUGCUUGGGAACCUUUCUCGGACAACGAGAGUCCCGUAGAAUUCUACGAAAUCGGUCUGGGAACAAGCGCACUGCAGGACGACAUUCAUGAGUUUACCAGAACUGGUUUGCGCACAUACGUAAAGCUUUCUGGCUUGGAUCUCAAGGAUGAUCAGACAUAUUAUGUCACAGUAAGGGCAAGUAAUGCAGCCGGGCUAAGAAGAUCGCUUCUUUUGAAAGAAAUAGAGAUUGAUAAAACUCCUCCAACUGGGAAAAACGACAGUGUGAAAGAUGGUCUUUCAGGGAGCGACGUUGAUUUUAUAAAUUCAAAUGAUACAGUUUCCGCUACUUGGGAAAACAUAGAGGAACAACAGAGUUUUAUGAGUUUGUUUGAAUACUGUGUUGGUACCACGCCGUACAACUGUCUCAUCAAGUCGUUCACUCAGAUAGGCCUCAACAAAUCGUUUCAAUGCGACGACUGUAGAAUAAAGUCAGACAUGAAAGUGUUCGCAAGAGUUCGGGCAACAAACGCCGUCGGUUUGUCUGCCAUAUUUGUUUCUGAUGGCGUAACCGUUGACUCCAGUCCUCCCGAAAUAGGCCGUGUUCUUGAUGGGGAAAGCGCGGAAAGUCCCGACGUAGAGAAGGUCGAUCGUGAUUGGUUACCCACAGUCACGUGGUACGGAGCACAGGACAUUCAAAGUGGCCUUCGAGAUUGUGAGUGGAUCAUCGUGAAGCAUGAUGGUAAUGGAAUGUCAAUCGCUUAUGUAAAGAUGCUUGAUAAGGUCAACAUAACUUAUAAUAAUCGUCAUACAGAAAGAGCCACUUCUCAACUAGAAUUAGCGAAAAAUGCCUCGUAUGUCAAUGCAAUUCGCUGUUCGAAUAACGCUGGUAUCAUUCAUUACCAGUACUCGAAUGGUUGGUCUGUAGUCGACGAAUGGCCAGUGACAUCAUAUGUUAACGAUGGGCUCGGAUCAUCUGAUUUAGAAUAUGACGUCACCGGCAAAACCCUUGGUGCAUCAUGGGGCCAAUUCCACGGAGAUUCCAAGGACCCGGUGAUCCGAUACGAGUGGGCAGUGGGGACUUUAGGGACACCUGAUGAUAUCAUGGAUUUCACGGAUGUUGGAUUAGAUACAAGAGCUUCGAAAUCACUGACUGAUGGCGAGAUCGUUCUGGAUACCGGUGUGAGGUGUUACGUCACAGUGCGCGCUACGACAUUGAGUGGGAGGACUAGUAACAAAUCGUCAAACGGAUUCAUCGUUGAUACGACUGCACCGACAGUUGGUGUUGUUAAAGUGUCUCACAAGAUUAUAAAACAGGAAACAAAUGAAGUGGAUUACACCCUAACUUGGAGUGGUUUUAGAGAUUUAGAGACGGGGAUAAGAAAGUUUGAGUUUUGUCUGGGUUAUAUCAAAGAUGUUUGCUCAACCGUUUUGACGACUGCCGGCUUGGACCAACAAGGAACUGUGCAGCAGUUCACCCCAGCUGAUCUAGCUACGCCAUUCUACGGUAUUGUCAUAGCAACAAACAAUGCAGGCUUGACAACGAUCGUCAGUUCGGAUUCGAUCAAGAUUGACUUCACCCCUCCCAUUCCUGGGACUGUCAUUGAUGGAUUGCACAAGGACUUGGACAACAUCGCAAUCGAUACCGCCCUAAUUAGCACAUGGUCCGCAUUCACCGACCCAGAGACUGGUAUCGAGAGAUGUACGCUGACCGUGAUUGAGAAAAGCCCUAAAAACGAAGACUUCCCUGUUUUAAGGAAACUCGUCAACGCUAGUGGAUCCAUAACUCAUAAGUUUAUUGUAGUCCCUGGCUUAAGAUAUGUAUCUACCGUAGAAUGUAGAAAUCCUGACGGCUUUAAGACUUCAGUGUCGUCUGACGGCAUACUUUGUGAUGGAACUCCUCCUAUCGUGGGCUCAAUAUUUCACAGAACCGCCCAAAACCAAAGUUCGGAAAGUGAUUACCAGUUUUCGACGAGCAAUCUCGAAGUGUACUGGAACCCUGGCCGCGAUCCCGAAAAUGGAAUUCAGGAGUAUUUGGUGGCCGUGGGUUCUGGAGCCGACCGCGAUGAUGUGCGCGGGUUUUUCUCAGUUGGCAUGGCAACUGAGGUUAAGAUCGUGAAUCUUACUAUGAACUCUGGAUCCACAUAUUACGUCACAUUAGAAGUCGUAAAUAACGCUGGCAUGACGUCACGUGCUUCGUCGAAUGGCAUUACCGUGGACGCCACACCACCAGUUAUAACUAAGGUUGAACUGCAGUCAUCUCGAACAGCACCAGAUCUUAUCGGUCCAGGUGAUUACCUUAGCGGGGAAUGGAACAGUUACGAUGGUGAAAGUGAUAUCGACUUUACUGAAUACUGCUUUGGUACAACCCAGGGUGGUUGCCAGGUAGCAAACAUGCAACGUGUCCCUGGCAACGAGACUAGCGUUACCUGCUUUGAAUGCACUCUAAAACACAUGUAUACCUACUUCAUGACUGUGCGAGUUUGGAACAGGGCGGGACUAUUCAGUUUGGCCCACAGCAAAGGGGUGACCGUAGACUUGACCCCGCCAACAUCUGGUGAGAUUUCACUAAAACCCCUCUAUAUGCCUUGUUUGGAAACCUGCAGACUGGGAGCAACAUUUGGAGGUUUUAUUGACAACGAAAGUGGAAUUAAGGAUUGUAAAUUCAGGAUAAAAACAGCCAACGGGUCGAGUGUCACUACAGCGCAAGCAACAAGCACUAAGAAUCGUUUAAUAGCAAGUAACCUCACACUCAAACAUGGAGAAAACUACAAGAUUACAGUCGUUUGUACGAAUAAUCUCGGUGAGAAAAGCGAGGAAGUUGACUCUCAGCUAGUACGAAUUGAUAACAGCCCACCAGAAAAGGGAUUUGUUAUAAUCAGUCCUGAUCGAAAUCACGACAUAUUACGUCAUCAUACGGGAUGUCACUUCCUCAACACGACAUUGCGCGUUUACUGGUCGGGUUUCCAUGACGACGAAUCCGAUAUUGCUGGAUUCAGGAUCGCUAUUGGCCGAGCCCCACUGAGAUAUGACGUCAUGCCUUUCCGAAACUUCGCCAUCGACUCCGAGGCUAAAUUCGAUUUAAAUGAAAAUUAUGGUUUGUCCAAAGGCGACACGAUAUUCGGAACAGUAGAGGCAACGAACAAAGCAGGACUUACCACCAAAGUUUCGUCACCAGCCACGCGACUUCUCUCUGAUAAAGACAGUACCUUACUUAACGAAGGAGAUUUCCAAUGUGUAAAUGUUUGAACUUUGAAAGAAAUGAUGGCUUUAGGCCUGUCGAGCUUUUCAUGUGCUGAAUAGAGUGCAUAUCACUGCAAAUGAACUUAAAGAAAGACUUCAUGAUAACAUUAGGUUUGGCACAUGAAAAGUUCAACGUCUUAAACGGGUUAUACUUAAGUACAAUUUGUUUUAGGAAUAUUUAUGUUUUGUGUAUUGGUGGGUUUCAGAUUCAACGAUCAUAGAAUCAGUUAUCCAGUGUAGUUGUUCACCAAGUUUUUUUUGAAAUUAUUAGCGGCCUUGCAACGUUAGCCGAAAAAAUAUUCUCCGGACUAUUUCAAUUAGAUAUUAGGGAUUUUAGGACGCAUUUCCAGCAUCUUUUUCAGUGUAAACUAGUUAUUUUAUAGGAAUGACUGGAAGCAAAUUGAUUGCUGAAAUAUUUAACGUGCAUUAUCUACGUUGAAAAAUCAAA